AUGAUUUUGGAGGUGAGUACUUCAUGUUUCCCCAAUGCGCCGCAGGGCUUGCCGAUGUAUCCCAUGGCUGAUCAAGACAAUAUUAAUGUUUCAUUUCCUGGUUCAGGAUUAGAUCAGGCUCGUUCAAGCUCUCUCCUCUGUAAUUUCUCCAUCUUGAAAGAUAAAAUUCUUCAGGUUGAAUCACUUGUUAGCAUCUUAAAAUCCUCGGAUCGAGUCCACCCUGAGUCAAACAGGUCUUUAGCCAUAGCAAGCAUGGGUUCUUUGGUUCAAGACAUCAUCAUAGCAGCGUCUUCCAUGAUAGUAGUUUGCCAACAAAUGUCUCUUGGAACCAUUUCAGGUAACGACAAUGGUAGAGACGAUAAUGGCAUGUCUAAACAACUAAACUUUAGCGAUGAUUGUGAGUUUUAUCCUAGUAAUGAUCAAAUAUCUAGUUGGUAUGAUCUCAAUAACAACGAUGACAACCGAACUUCGCGAGAAUCGGCUGAAAUGAUUCGAAGAAGCAAAACCAGCGAAGGGUCGCAAGGGAAUAUUUCGGAUUCGAAUUACGAUAUUGUCGAAUUGGAAGUAGAUGAUCUGUUAGCUAAGUACGCACAUUACUGCCACGUUUGUGGUAAAGGGUUCAAACGAGAUGCGAAUCUGAGAAUGCACAUGAGAGCUCAUGGUGAUGAGUACAAGACCAACGCUGCUUUGUUUAACCCCAUGAGGGGAAGCAAUAGCGGCGGCGGGGGAAACUGUUCGAAGAAAUAUUCGUGUCCUCACGAAGGUUGUAGGUGGAACCAGAGACAUGCCAAGUUCCAACCUUUGAAAUCCAUGAUCUGCGUGAAGAAUCAUUACAAGAGGAGCCAUUGUCCUAAGAUGUACGUUUGCAAGCGGUGCAAGCAGAAGCAGUUCUCGAUGCUGUCGGAUCUCCGUACUCACGAGAAGCACUGUGGUGAUCUCAGGUGGCGAUGUUCUUGCGGAACCACGUUUUCGAGGAAAGAUAAGCUGAUGGGUCACGUUGCUUUGUUCGUCGGGCACAGUCCAGUUAGUGUUAAUGUUUUGCCAACGCAAGGAAAGUUCGAAAACUAUGCCAACACUUCAACAAGAUAAUACAGGUAACAUGGAGUAC